ACGACGCCUGGUGGACGUCGUACUUCCAGGCGAAGUACGACGUCGAGAUGCACAGCACCGACGGGCUCGUCGGCGGCCCCAAUAGCUGGAACAGGGAAGGCCGCGCCCUGUUCUGGGGCGUUCCGGGGCGCACCCUCGAGAACGUCAUCCGCGGCCUCCGCAACGGCGCUCCAAGGCUGGAGAUGCCGUCGUCGCCGCCGCCGUCUCCUCAAUGGCAGCCGAGGAGGACGACGUACUCGUCCUCCUCGCACUCUUCUUCCUCGGGACCGGCGCGAUCGACGCCGUCCUCGUCGUACCGGUCGGCGCCCUACACCGUCCCCAAACGGGAGGUCAAGGAGGAGCCGGCGACGCCCGUCAACACGAGGCGUGGCGGUAGCGGCAGCGGGCGGCAGCAAGGGAGGCGCGGCGGCGCCCUCCUCAUCCCGAAGCCGGAGGUGAAGGAGGAGCCGGAGGAAACGUCGCAGGCGGCGCUGCUGGCGGAGUACGAGCAGCAGCAGCGGCUCAUCGCCAGCAGCGACGACCCCGAGGACUGCCCAGGGCUGCGGGCGGCGUUCAUGGCGUCCAUGGACGACAAGGACGCCUGGAGGGGCGACCUGGACGCGGCGAUCGCCAUGUCCAUCCGCGACUCCGGCAAGCCGCUGGUGGACCUCACCGACGACGGCGAGGCAGGACCAAGCGGCUUGGUGAAGGACGAGCCCGUGGACGAGCCCGUCGACGAGCGCGGCAAGCAGGAGGUCGUCACCGACGAGAUGUACAACUUCCAGCAGUACUACGACGCCUCCGGCCGCCGCAAGUGGUUCUAGAUUAGGUUUAGUUUUAAAGUUAGUCAAAUUUCGUUCGAAUCUAUGUAAGUUUGGACGAAUCUAAUCGAAUCUAGUUAAGUUUAAAAUUUGCGAAAUUUUGUUUGGGGGACGCGACUGGAGAGCGACGUCCCCCAAACGCGGCACGAACGAAACACGUCCCCCAAACGCUCAAUCCGGCGCGGUUUGGGGGACGCGACUGGAGAUGCUCUUAUCGGGCCCUGGGAGGGCGGAGGGGAUCAGAAGAAGAUCAAGACCCGUCGGCGAGAAUAAAACUAGGGAGAUUGCGAACUGAGUAAUUGAUGGCUUCGGCGCUUCGAUUUGCGGCGAGAAAGAUCUGCGGUGGCGCGUUUCAGCGAACAGCGCAGCCGUAUUUUACGGCGGCCGUCAAGGAGGAACAGCGGCGGUUGUUCCCAUCUAUUAGCCAUGGCGGGAGCACCGUUCGCCGGUUUAGCUCCUCCAAAUCACCAAAUGUGGUGAACAAUAGUAAGCAGCAAGCACCUACCUCCGCCGCAGGCUUGGCCAAGAAAGAACCCACAUCCCCUCCACCACCAUGGUCGCCUAGCAGCAAAAUGUUCGUACCCUUUGUCUGGGGGUUGUGUGCAGCAUCCGUUGCAGUAAUUUACGUGCAAGAUUGCCGAAUGCGCCAUUCUCGGUCUAAGGAGAAAAGGCAGAAUAAUGAGAGCUGUCUCCAAUUUCUAUGUACUGCUACUUAUAGUUGAACAAGUCAUGAUGAGUAGUUAGCUUCAGUCUGUUACUUGCUUCCAUAUUCGUUAGCAUUCUAUGUACUCCUACUUAUAGUUGAACAAGUUAUGAUGAUUAGUUAGCUUCA